GUUAAAUCUAUUUUAUAAAAUAUAAUUGUUGUGUAAAAAUGAAAUGUGAACUAAGUAUUAUAAUAUAAUUAUUUAACAAGCCCUCUGGCUUGAUAUUUGCUAUACCCUUGCAGGGCGUCACAUAUUUACUUUACAUAAAUUAAUGUACCACCAUGAAUGUUAUGUGACAUGCAAUAAAUGAAUAAAAUUAUGUUUGGGCAGUCAUAUGUGUAGAAUUUCAGGUUGCUACGGGGCACACCAGGGUAACUCAAACGCCUUUUUAUUAUAUUCUAACUGGUUAAUUUAUUAUACUGUUUUAUUUAAUACACUGGCUUUAUUUUCUUCCAUUUUUUAUUUUUAGCUUGUCAUCAAACCACAGACUACCAAAACAUAGAUACCAAAUGUCACAGAUUAUUUUACAACUCAACAAUAUGUCGAUAUUUUCAACCGACAUCAAGAAGGUAGAGGGUCCUAAUUCGUCAUGAUAUUUUAAUUAUUGUUGUUCGCGCAUAUCUCCCAGGUUUGUUGACCGAUUUUGGGGCGGGAGUAAUAUUUAUGGUGUGGUAAGCGUCUCUUGACUAUGGCGGCUGUUUACCAUGAGGCGGGCCAUUUGCUGGAUUACCGCUCUUAAACUUAAUUGCUCUUCGAUCAUCUCCAGAUGCAGAGUCCCCGAGUGCGAAGGCUCUUACGGUGGCAGCCUGCAGCCUGGCUACUGGGGGGUGUGGGCGCUGCCCGAGAGAGGUGGCCGCUGCGACCGGCUGCGACCAGUCGCAGACUCCUGCGCCGUCGACUCCUUCAAACAGAACGAGACGAUCGCGUGCAACUCCUGGGUGUAUGAGAGCAAUGACACUAUCGUCGGAGAGUUCGACUUGGCCUGCCAGGAGUGGAAGCGGACUCUGGUGGGCACCAUACACAGCGUGGGACUCUUCGCCGCCCUGCCAUUCGCCUCAUACAUCUCCGACACAUACGGGCGGCGUACCGCAGUGGUGCUGACGGCGGCGUCCGCGGGCCUGAUGGGCCUCAUCCGCUCCUUCUCGCCAAACUAUAUCAUGUAUCUAGUGUUCGAGUUUCUGGACGCUACCCUCGGUUCAGGCGUCUAUAGCGCAGCGUUUAUUCUGGCUCUAGAAAUGGUGGGGUUGAACCGACGAGUGCUCGGCGGCAACAUUAUCUCAUGCUCCUUCGCCAUAGGUCAAGUGAUACUCGCUCUAGUAGCGUGGGGCAUCCCUAACUGGCGCACUCUCACCAGAGUCUUGUACGCACCAUCAUUGCUAUUCAUAUUCUAUUUCUUCAUUCUCGAAGAAAGUGUGCGUUGGCUGCUAAGUAAAGACAAAAAGAAGGAAGCCGCCAGAAUCAUAUUCAAGGCUGCAGAUAUAAACAAAAAGAAAUUGAGCCCAGAAGCGGUUAGGCAGUUGACAGAAGAGCCUCAAGAAAACAAAAAUAAGGAAACCCACAAAGCAGUUACAGUUGAUCAGAACGAGAAACUGCCGUCACUUAUGAAGCAAAUUUUGAAAUCGAGGAUCAUUAUGUCUCGAUUGUGCAUUUGCUCAUUUUGGUGGAUUACAGUGACGUUCAUUUACUACGGAUUGUCGAUCAACUCGGUGUCGCUGGCUGGUAACAGUUACCUGAACUAUAUUCUGACCUCGUUGGUGGAGAUUCCCGGGUACUGCCUCAGUGUGCUAACCCUCGACAGGUUCGGGAGGAAAAGCUCUAUCAUGUCAGCGUUCUUCGUCUGUGGGGCAUCGCUUUUAUCUCUUCCGUUUGUUCCUUCCCGGUUCGUAUAUGCCGUCGCUGCCGUACCUGCUUUUCGGCACGAUGGCUGGCACGUCGGGUCUUCUGAUGCUGCUCACACCGGAGACUCUCCGCGCGCGCCUCCCAGACACCGUGCACCAGGCUGAGACCAUCUCCCGACAGCCCGAACAACCUUAGCCUAUCCACCAUUUCACCUGCCUACCUGCAACUUCUGGCAAGCCACUACUGUGUUGCAGAUCAUCAAAUAAUUGACCUACAAAAUAUUCGCAAUACUCUAACCGAUUGCUGCAACACUGCCACACCGGAAUGGCUAUCUCUCGUCAGAUCGAAUAACCAUAGCCUAUCCACCAUUUCAACUGCCCAACCCAGACUUCUGGAUAGCCACUACUGUGUUGCUAGACUGGCAAAUAGUUGACAAUCAAAAUAUUCAUUAUAUCGAAACUCUAAUCUAUUGCUGCAACACUGCCACACAGGAGACUCUCCGGGCAUGCCUCCUUGACCGUGCAUCAAGCUUUUGCUAUGUUAAAAGUUGCACCGUUGCCUUUCCUAACCCAAUCUCCUACCCCGUGGAACCCUGGAACCUUACUCCUAGUCCACUGCUGGACAAAGGCCUCUCCAAUUGCACGCCACUCAGAUCGAUCUUGGGCUACCUCCUCCAGCCCAUCCAGCGUCGGACGUUCUCACGCCUGAGGACGUCCUACACUACGUUUGCCUAGACGCGGUCUCCACUCCAGAACUCGUCUACCCCAACGGUUAUCGGUUCUUCGGCAAAUAUGGCCAGCCCACUGCCACUUCAACUUGCUAAUCCGGUGGGCUAUGUCGAUGACUCUGGUUCUCUGUCGGAUUACGUCAUUUCUGAUGCGAUCAUCCUUCAGAGAAAUGUCGAGCAUAGCCCUUUCCAUAGCGCGCUGAGCGACUGGAAAAAAAAAGUUUCAGCAAAGAUCUAAUUACUCGAAUUGUGACUGGGGAAAUAACUUCCACCUUACAGAAAAUGACUGUGAAAAUACUACCUUUUUGCGUUUUUGUUAUUGUCGGCCAACUUACGAAAGAUCACGGUGAAAUUACACUUUCUUUUAGAGGUGUGUUAUUAAGUAAAGUUCUAGAGCUCCUUGGGGUAGGAAGAUGGGGUCCGGGUAAUCAUGGAGCAAAUAAUACCCUGAUAUAUCAAGCUCCUAUAGGCUAUGGUAGAUGCUUGCCAUUAGACGGGCAUUUGCUUGUUUGCCGCGCACUUAACAUAGAAAACCCGAUUGGGGAAUCAUUGUCUAUUUAUCAAGGAUCACCUGUCUUAACAUAAAGUCAAAAUUGGGUCAAAGCAUAGUAGUCCAGUCAAUGAAGGUUCAACGAAAUCGGAGGUUGUAGCUGAUUUUUGCCUUCGUUGACUGGACUAUAGUGAGAUUCUUCAUCGUAGGUCUACAGGGUAUAGAAGGCUAGGUGGUGGUUUUGCCUCUAAUCAUAGUUACGUCAGUUGCGUCAACUUCAUUGCAGACUCGUGUAAAAAAUUUAGAAUGAUGGAUAUCUAUUAUCUAUUCAAAAUCUAUUGGAUCUGCAGAGUUAUUUUUAACUAAGGUCAUAGUAGAUUUUGAAUGAGGGCAGGAGUGAAAUGUUUAAUUCCAAAUUCUACGACUUCAGCAAUCGAUAUUACCAGGCUGAACUUGGCAACUUUGUCAUCUCGAAAAUUCCGGUAGCAAUACCCCUCUGUCUAUAAUGUCUAAAGUCCCAGCCUUGUUAUGUUGAUAUUGUUUUUUUAUUAUAUCAAUAUCAGGAAUGUUUUAGCAUUUAAACUUAAGGCGAGCAAUUUAUGUGAUAUUGUGGAUUUUAUUAGUUGAUUCAUUUAUAAUAUGUGUAUGUCUUUGUCUUUGUGUUUGUAAUAUAUGAAUAAAAGUAUCAAUACUUCAGUGUAUAUGCCGGAGGAUGUUUUGAUUAAUUGGGGCAGGGAUAACGCGGAUAAUUAAAAAAUGGCGAUGAUAUUUCUCAAUCUUAUUAGCAAAAGAUAGGAUUUUUCGCGAAAACGAAAGUAUCGUUGGCUUAUUAAAAACUUGGUUGGGUUUUUGGAUUCUUGGGUUCACUCUAAGUAGUUUACUUUGGUAACACUAAUGUUACGACUAUGAAACCAGAAAAAAAGUCGUGAACUAGUUAAGAUUUAAGAUUGAGCAAUGUCAUAGCCAAUGCCUAAUUUAUCCAUUUUUUCGCAAAACAUCGAAUUAUCAUAUUAUCCUACGACAUAUACAAAGGAGCUAGGUCUCGUGCACUGAAAAUAAGUUAUCUUAUAACCAGAAAAAUAGGAAAAAAUAUGUUUUCAAAAGUUGAGAUUGUUAAAAAACAAGGAUUGGAAAUGAAUUACAUAAACUUUAAACAAAUAUGAAUUGUUCAAAUUGCAGCAUAUUAUCUUCAAUUAAUAAACGAUUAAAUAACCCAAUAAUUAGCAAAUUUCUUGUGGGUCAUUGAAGCGAUGGUUUGUAGCCGUAUUACAUCAAAUCAGUAUUUUAUUUAGUUUUUAUUUGUUUAUUUUUAUUUAUAGUGCUGUAAAACAGUGUUUUAUUGUUUGAUUAAAUUAAAAAGCUUUAAAUAUGAAGUAAUUAUAGGAUACUAUUUAAUUGAAAAUGUUUUAGAAUAUAACCAUUAGAUUUUAAUAUUAGUUAUUAAUGUAGUGUGUAAACUAGUGUUAGAAUAAGUGAAUUUUCGAUUUUCAAUGAUUCCCUCGAGACUGUGUUGAGUCCAAGUUGCUUAGUUAAUUUUGAGGGAAAAGGCAGUUGGUAUUUCGUUAUUCCAUUCAAUUUAAUUCACUGUUAUUUUAUUCACAAUCACAAAUGUCUUAGAAACUAACAUGUUACCGUCCUUGAAUCUUAGAAGAUUAUAUUUUAGAAUUUAUUUUUGUCAAAUUUCGUAUCUUGUCAUUUUGUCCUGGUAUCGAGACUAAAAAAAAGUAGGUUUUUUUUUAUAAUUAUUACCUAAUCUGUUCGGUUAUCUUAAUCAGGUUGUAGGCCAGUAAUUCCAAGGCCGGUUAAAAUUUUAUACUUAUUUAAUUUAUUACGUAAUAAAAUUGCAAGUAUUAUCUUAAUACCACGUGCUUUAUGUGCAGAAUUGGUAGGUAAUACAUAUAAACUUUACGAGCAUGUUGCAUUGAUAACUUUAUAAUUUUAUCAGAUUCAAUAAAAUUUAUAAGCGCUAUAACAUUACUACGUUCUUUCCUAAUUUUAUGAUUUUCCUGUUUUAUUAUUUUUAACAUGUAAUUGACUUCUACACCUGACUUUGUCAUUAUAGAUUUAAUUAUGGUACAAAACAAGCUUAAUUGUAAAUUAUAAUUUUGAAAUAUUUUUAUUCAAAAUGGGCCGUGUUAGACCAUAUAAGCAAAUAAAUAAAAAAAGAAUUAAAUAAACAUUACCUUACAUAUUUUACAAAAUGACAUAUAUUUCAAUAUUUACAAUAAAUCAAACGUUAUUAGGUUUUUAUCAUGGAUCUGUAAUUUUAAGUUGUUACAAAUGUUUCCGAGAUGUUUUUGUGUUGUGAUUUUUUAAAAUUAUUAUCAUUGUUUUUAUACAUUGAUGUUAAGAAUCAAUGACUACAUUUUUAGCUUAAUACCUAAAAAUAUUUUUUCAUUAGUAUUAAGCAGCUCUUCUUUAAGAAAUUAUUGUGAUUGUUUUGUCAUAUUUAUAUGUAAUGUUUUUUUAAUGUUAUAAUAAAAUAAUCAUGAUUUAUUUAUUUAUUCCAUGUUUUUAAUCUCCAGAAGCAUCUUAUAUAAUUUUAUUCCAAUCUUUUUUUAUGCUUCAUAUUUUUUAAGUAAAAAGGAUGUCAAUAAAAUGAGGUCACCUGAUAGUAAGCUGCCGCCAUCCUUAUUUCUAAUAAUUGACGUACUCAUUAAAACAAUUGUUUGUAUAAGUGAUUAUAGAAAUGUUUUUUUUUUAAUUUUUAAAUGUAAAGAACAUUCCACGUGGAUCAGUCGGCAGACGGGACUUGAUGCGACCGAAACCCGAUACCUCGACCUUGGCCGCGGUAGCAUAAUAAUAGGGUAUUUGACAGUAUUAAAAAUAAAGUGCCAAUUGUUAGCAUCUGGGUUUACAUUGAAUAUUGGAAGGGGUUUUUACUAUUUUUACAAAAAAAUAUAUUCAUAAUUUUACUAAAAAUCUACGAAAAAGAUAAUAGUUUUCUUAUUUAUUGUCAAGUGACUCAAAACGCUUGGGAUUGGCGGAGCCUAAAAUGACGUCUUUUUUUUUCUAUAUGGCUUCGCACGGUUUGUGCAUUUAGCCAAUGUCAAGUGUAAAAUGUUUACAUAUUCUAUAGCACUCGUGGUCAAAAUAUUAGUCAAGUCUAAGUAAGAGGCAGUCAAGUCAAUCCCCCAUUCCCUAUGUUUUGGUAAAUGUGUGGGGAUUUACUGGAACCUCCCCGUGGACUUCUUGAGGGAACGUCGAAAGACACCUUCCGCUAUUUUGUUUCACUUGCCAGCACUUGUGCAUGUUUCCGAACACUUAGUGGUUAAUAAUCCACCAUUAUUAGACACUAACAUCCGCUACAACUCAAUUUUUACAACAAGAAAAACAAAACUGCUAAAGUGACGCUUCCCGAUCCCGCCAAAAAGUCUAAAAUGACGUCACACGCAAGUAAACUUCCGGUUAAAGUGACAUUAUAUUACAUCGUUUGACGUUUUAAUAACAGACGUGUGACGUCACACACCUGUGAGACGCCAUAUUGUCCAGGGAAUCGUUUUUGCUGUAACUUGAAAAUGGAGUUUUAGAUUUGGUUAUUUUUACUGAAAUACACAACAGAAUGAUGAAUAUCUACUUAUUACGGACUCCGUAAACAUUAGUCAAUCACGUGAGAUCGUUUUCUAAAACUUGUCAAAUACCAAUAGGUCAGUGUCCGUUCGGACAGCGGAGGGUGCUGGUUGAAGUCCCGUCUGCCACAUGGACCACGUGGAAUUUUUUCUAGUUAAAUUUUCUUUGGAUUUAAAUGAUUGUUGUUACGCCCGCCUGAUGGUAAACGGGCACCACAGCCUAAAGCCGCUUGCGAUACCAAAAAUAUCACCCGCGCCGCAGCCUACCCUGAUCUAGUGUUGCCGAUCGAUAGUCGACUAUCGAUGAUUAAUCGAUAGUCUAUCGAUAGCCAACCAAUCGUAUGAUAAUCGAUCGGCUUAUCAAUAGUAUCGAUACUAUCAAUAGUAUCGAUACUAUCGAUAGCACAGAAAAAGCCAAUACUAUCGGAUGAGUUAAAUACUAUCGAUAGUAUUGUAGUUCGUUAAUAACACUCUAUCGAUAGUAUCGAUACUGUCGAUUUUAUUUGCAACCAUACUAUCGAUAGUUUAACAAUUUGCAAUAGUAUUGUUUACAAUUUUCAGGUAUUAUAGUUAAUCACAAACUUUUGUCUAAAACAAUCGCUAGCAUCGAUACUAUCGAUACAAGGCAGUACUAUCGAAUGAAUGCAAUACUACAGAUACUGUCGAUACUAUUGUAGUUCGUCAAUAACAAACUAUUGAUUGUAUCGAUACUAUCGAUAG